CAUUGGGGUAGGAAAAUAGAAAACAUCGUCGAAUUUUCGCGCUACGAUCGUUCAUGUAAUACAUCACUUCUUUCAGGAUAAGUCACUUUUCACAUUUCUACAGGACGUCGCCUAUACACAGACAGCAUUGCACAUCACCGGCCAGACAGUGAUUUAUUAAUUAUCCAUUUGUUAGAUUCUCCAAAGCGGAAGGAAGAAAGGGUCAGAUUAUCCUAUCUGAUUAUUGUGCGUCGUACCACAGAGCGCAGUCCGCCCAUACAGCAAGGAAUUCACUGUUUACAUCAACUUUGAAUUAAAUAUUGACAAGUUAACGGAUUAAAACAUGACUGUUGUGAUUUUUACAGGGCAAAAUGGGAUCUAAGAAAGUGGUCAGCUCGCUGGAAGACUGUAUGAUAUGGAUACAGCAGGAACAGAAAAAUUUACGGGAAGCUGCUUUUGGUAAUACUUUAGUGGCAUUAAAAGAGGAGACAGAGAAGCAGAGGAAGAAACAUGCACUGAUCACAGAGUUCAAAGGAUUUAUGGAGAAAAUUAGGUCAAAAAAGUACACUGAAGAAGAAGUUGGCAACAUGGACACUGCGUAUGAUUCUCUUCUGACUCUUUCACUAGAGAGACAAAAAUGUUUGGAGUCCUUGACGAAAAUAGUAGAAAUAGAAGAAUUAUUUCAGAAAGUAUCAGCAGAAGUGGAUACAAGAGCCUUGGAAUUAGUAUCACAACAACAGGAGGUGAAUGAGCAGAUACUUUACGAUGCUAAUACCGCAAAAACAUACCAGUCCUGCAUGGGUGCAGUUAAGAAGAGCUGGAGCUGGUUGUCUGAUCUUACCUGGUGUAUGGAGGUGCAUGAGUCACAUGCUGCAGAAUAUCACAAGUUUUUUCAUGAGGUUAAGCACUACGAAGAUAGCUUGGCACAAUUCAUCAGCGAGAUGUCAAAAUCAACCAGGGAAAAAUAUGCAAAACAAAACAAGAAUGUGCAACAACAAAUUCUGGACAUACGCGAAACCACAAGACGUCUUUUAGAACUGCAGACGACAGUGGAAACGCUGUUCGAGCGCAGCGGGACGAUUGUUCCUUUGAAAUGGAGGAAGGAAAUGCCGCCAAACCCACUGAAGAUGAAAGCGCUGGCAGCAUAUGAACACAAAGACUUUGUUGUAGCAGAGGAUGAUGAAGUAACACUCUUGGAUAACACACAUGGGACAAAGUGGAAGGUGCGAAGUGCGUCAGGUGUGGAAAGCAUUGCUCCGGCCAUUCUCUUCUUGAUUCCUUCCCCGGACAGCGAGGCAGUGGACAAGGCUAAUGGUCUUCGCCAAAGGAUGGUUAACAUUUGGGAGCACAGCCUUAGAACGCUUCGCAGUCAGACGCUACGUCUUCUAACGCGGGUGAUCAACGGCGUUGAUUCAUCAGAGCUCGGCGUGCUGAAUCCAGCGCAGACACAAGAUGUUAUGAAAUUGCUGAAAGACUCGCUGAGAAAACUGAGGAUUGACGAACCCGGAGGAGCUGACCUCAGAGACUUCCUCCACAGUAUUCACUCCUUUGCGAAACUGCUCCAAGACUCAAAAGUCGACCAAGACGAAGGUAGACGCCAUUCUGCCACGAAAUUUUUUGUCGAGUGGAAACAAGUCGAGAAAAUGGUAGACACGUUUGAGGAGUUGGCCAUAUAUGCCGAUGACUACACCAACACCGUGGACAAGUCUAGCAAUACUAAGUAUUACCUCUGCUUUGACGACGAGGGAAAAUUACGUUGGUGCUCUAAUGGGUACAUCGAGAGGAUGAAGCACGUUGAACUCGAUACGGAUAUUCCCCUUACCAUAGAACAUAAUGAGGUACAACUGAUGAUCAUCUUCGAGAAGGCGCAGGAUGAUGACGAAGAACAGCAAUCCGAUAUGAUGACGGUGUCGUCUGCUCUGGAAACAAUUGAGGAGGAGAUGUUCUCGUCUGACUUCAUGCGAGAAUCUCAGACCUUCUCUAUUACUGGUGUGUUGGACCCAAGGACUGAUGAGAUUGUAAGCAUCUUCAGCGCCGUCGCUGAUGGUAUUGUGGACCGUAAGGAUGGAGUUUACCGAAAUCCUGUCACCGGAGAGAGCAUGCCAAUACCAGAGGCAAUGAACAGAGGUUUUAUCAUUGUGGAGUAUGUAAACCGCACAAUACUACAGCAAACGUCUGAAUCUGGGGUUAUUAAGACAGUUAAAACCCGAAGUGGUAAGACUUAUAAAAUCUCGGCUGUUGUUGACCCACGGAAUAACCAAAAACUGAACGCCAAUGACGCUAUGGACGCUGGGAUACUUGACCCCAAGAAGGGUCGCUACAUCAACCCUACAACUGGGGAGUCAAUGAGCAUAGAUGAAGCAGUCCAGCAUGGUUUUAUCUUACUAGCUGCUGAAAACGGUCACGUUUCAGAUGAAGAUGAUUUAUUCAUCACCCAAAGCUAUCUGAUCAUGAGUGUUGUUGACCCUCGCACGAAGAAAGAUGUUUCAUUAAAGGUGGCUCUGGCUUCAGGAAUCGUCAAUAAAGAGCAAGGGGUGUAUAAGAACUUGGACACAGGAAUGGAAAUUAUGAUAGCCGAGGCUAUAAUGCGUGGUUUCAUCAAGGCUAAACCUAUAGAUUCCACCGCUAAUCACAACUCGGCCGACACUAUCACCAUCAAACUACGCAAACCUAAGGAGGGACGAAAACAGCCCAUUGAAGACAAAAGCUAUCACAAAUUGAAAGAUGAGAUGGACAUGACCAUAGAUGGUAUAAAAGAAUCCGGGGUGGACGGUUCACGGGACCUUAACCUUGAAGAGGCUUUACGGGCUAAGAUAAUGGCCCUAGAAGCGUUGGAAUACGCCACAAAUAACGGCGAUCGGUACACUCUUCAAGAGGCGGUGGCGAUGGGAUACGUUGACCCGAAAACUGCCACCCAGAUUCUCCGUGAAUGUGAGGCUAGGAGUCUCGAUAACCCCCUCUCUAGUGGUGAACUAGAUCCUCAUACGAGCCUUUUCGUCGAUCCAACCACGGGGCUAAAAGUACGCUUCCGCUCAGCCGUUGCCGACGGGUACCUCGAUCCCUACAAAAUUUACUAUUACGACAUCCCUGAGCAAAAAGUCAGCAGUCUCGGUCGCGCUAUUAGUGAUGGGAAAUUUAAUGAGGACACGGGUCGGUUUAUUGACCCCAGUACCGGGAAUGAACUGUCAAUUACAGCUGCUGUUGAAAAACAACUGAUUGACCCCCGUGUGGACUCGGAGGCUAUAAUGGACCGCACAGACAUAAAACACCUCGAACCUCACAUGGAUACCAACAUUACCGGGGUUAAACACCCAAUUACUAAUCAAGACCUAUCCGUUAAGGAGGCGGUGCUAUCCGGUCUGUUGGACAUCCCGGAAGUCGCCUACGUGAAUGCUGAUCAAGACGAGAGCUUUGGUGUGGCAAUCCCCGAGGCCGUGACCUCUGGAAAUAUAGCCACCGAGACCGCCAAGGAGAUCUUCAAGGCCCUGGAUGCCAUGUCACUUGGAGCCAUGCAUGAUCAGAAACUCCUCGACGAGGACGGGAAUUAUGUCGAUCCUAAAACGAAACAAAAAAUGACAAUUGAAGAGGCGGUGGAUAAUGGUCAUUUCGAUCCAAAUUAUGUAUUUUUUGUAGAUAAAAUUGGCAAUGAGGUCGUCACGCUGGCUGUGUCUAUAGAUCAGGGGCAGUUUAAUCCCCAAACUGGCAAAUUUGUUGACCCCUCCGGUCGUGAUAUUAGCAUUUCUAUCGCGGCGAAGAGAGACCUGAUCAACCCCAGAAUCAAUCCAGAGGAGUUCAUAGAGGAGAGAUUCACGCUGCAGGAACUGCAAGCUAAGGGAAAAGCAUACGACGACUCCAUCCUGAAAAUACCAGGUAGACCAGAAAUGACUCUGAGGCAAGCUCUUGACGAGAACCUUUUAUCUCCGCAAACUGUGUUGUGCUACGACCCAAAGACUGGGACUCUCUCUUUGCCCGAGGUGAACGAGUCUCUGAAGACACUCAUGGAUAUAUCGUAUCAACUGAAGUGGGUAGGAGAAAAAGAAGUAGAAUUGGGAAUGCAGAAACCUCCGUCAGAAGAUUCAGAUGAGCUUAGAAAACAAGCUGACGAUCAAGAGGAUCUUUUGAAAGACGUCGAAAACCACCAGGACCCUAUAGAGCUCCUCCUAGAACAGGCGCAAGAGCUCCUCGAAAAUGCAAAGAAUUCAAGUCGAGACGAGGCAUCAGAACAUCAGUACCAGAAACUGCGUUUUGCUACAUCGGACCUCAAGCUCCGAUUCGAAGCGGUAUACAGUCAGGCGGAGGCUAGAAUGAAACUCCUGGAGGCUCUGCUGCACCAGCUUCAAGACUUCUACGAGAACUUAGAAAGUUUUGAUGAGUGGCUGACCCAGGGAGAACAGACCAUUGGAGAAAUGCAGAAAGCUCUGACAGAUUUAGAUAAUCUGCAACAACAUUCAGAAGCUUUUAAGAGUUUUGCUGAUGAGGCCAUGUUGAAAGAGAGCAAUUUGUCCGAACUAAUGAAUGAAGGUUCUCAAUUCAAAAAUGACAGUCAGGAUUAUGAAAAAGGACUUGAAGUAUUCCGUGAGGGCAUUCACCUGCAGAGAGACAACUCGGGGGCCGAGAACGACGAAGCAGCUCGAGUGAUCGACCAAGAAUUACAAGCCGUUAAUGAAAAGUAUAAAGCACUGUUAACAAACUGCAUGGGUUUGAUGGCUCAGCUCACAGAUACCGUCGAAAAAUGUAAAGAAUUCAAAGAAAUCCAAGCUGAGCUACAAGACUGGUUCCCUGAAACAGAGGAACAAAUUGCUAAUGUCAAGCCAGAGGAAGUAGAGCCUGAGCCGGAGAAGAUACAAAAAGAGAUAGAGCUUUUGUCAAUUUAUAACGCGGAUGUCGCAUCACAAGGAAAACUGGUGGACGAUCUUAAAAGUGUUGGCGGUGAAUUGGUUGACUUCCUAGAAAGCAACGAGACAAAAGAUAAAGCACAGGAGAUAGCAACAGUAGUUGCUUUAAUGGAGGGAAGAUACAACGCUAUCCAAGACCAAUACGACCAAAAGAAUGCCCAGCUCAACCAAAUGCUCGUGCAAAGCCAGGACAUCUCCCAUGGUAUUGACGUGAUGCUAACAUGGCUAGAAGAUACAGAGAACCGACUUCAAUGUCUGCCACCUGUGAGCCUUAACAAGGAAAACCUGAACCAGCAACUCCAUGAGCACAGAGUUUUGCAGUCUGAAAUCAACAAUCGUAGGACACACAUGGAGACACUUGCCAAACAGGCCGAGGGUGUCCCCGGCACCGAAAGUAAACUAAACGAAGCACACGAUCGUUUUGAGAAAAUCCAAGAGGCGAUGAAAGCGCGGGCAGACGACCAAGAUGACGUCAUGAGUAAAAUGGGUAAUAUUCAAAGAUCGGUGCAGCAGGUUGAAACAUGGAUUGGAAGCACUGUUGGAGUACUAAAGAAGGCCACUGAAAUCGGAACUUUCUCCGCUAAAGACAAAAUCGAGGAAUUGUAUCGUCAAAAGCAAGCAAAGCAAACGGAUUUGGACGAAAUUAAACACACAGGAAAAGAGCUUGUUGACAGCCCAAAGACAGGUGACAAGAACAGUUUAAGAGAGACCAUCGCCGACGUCCAUGCAAAAUGGCACAGUCUGACAGAAAUGUUGGUGCAACUCAUUUCUAUGGAAGCUCUCCAGGAAAUCGACGAAGCUGUCAAGUUCUUGGACAAAGCUGAAGCAGAAAUUAACACCUCCGACCCAAUCAGUAUCGAGCCAGAGACUCUUAGUGUGCAGUUAAGAAACCAACAGGCGCUACAUGCUGAAUUGGAUCAAAAGAAAAACGGAAUCCGAGAUCUGGUAAAUAAAUGCAAUGUGAUGCUCAGAGACACCACCAGCGAAGAGGCUGAUAACGUGAAGAACAGAUUGGAACAAAUUCGAAGCCAGGCUGACUCAGUUUGUAAGCUGAGCGAAGAUAGGUUGCGACUUUUAGAAGAUGCGUCACCAUUGGUUCGUCACUUUAACGACGUCCAAUCGGAUUUGCGAGUCUGGCUUACCGAUGUUGAAUCCGAGAUUCAGGGACUAGACGCGGCGGGUCAAAGUGCAGACCAGAUAAAGAAACAACAAGAGCAAGUCAAGAACACCCAACGGUUGAUAGAAGAACGUAAGCCACAGAUUGAGAACCUGAAUGAAGGGGGGCAGGAGCUUAUGGGUGUCUGUAGCGAUGAGCACGGAUCCCAGGUGCAGGACACCCUUCUCAACAUCAACAGCCGUUACGAGGACGUUAAAGCCGCCGUGAGAGAGAAGAUUAACGAACUGGAUGAUGCCUUCCGGCAAGCAACAUCAGAGGUUACCGAUGCACUAGAUAGCCUGUCGGAGGAGUUGCAGGCGCUGAACGACCAGAUUGCUCAUGCAGACCCCGUCCCAACGCGCCCCGAGCCACUCAAGGAGCAGAUCGCGGAGUCGCAGAAUGUUCUUGAGGAUGUUGAUCGUCGCAGGGACGCCCUGGUCAACGCCAAAGAUGCAGCAGCUGCCUUUAUCGCCCAAGUGCCUGAGGAGGACAGACAAGCAGAGGCACAAGAGUUAAAGCACAAAAUCACUGAACUCGAGCAGCUUCACGAUACCGUGAAAGCCGCCGCUAAUGUUCGCUCACGCACAUUGGAGGAGGCCCUUAAUGUGGGGGAACAGUUUUGGGCUAACUAUGGGGGUCUUAUGGAUACUCUUAAGGAACUGCAAGAUAACCUGAACUCACAGGAUAGCCCCCAUGUGGAGCCCGAAAGUGUGAAGGAACAGCAGAAAGAAUUAUAUGCCAUAAAAGAAGAGUUUGAGAAGACGAAGACACCAAUCCAAGAAUGCCGCCAGACCGCCGACUACUUCAGCUCUCUGGUAGGGGAACCGGGCAAGGUAGAGGUGAAGAAAGCAAUGGAGGAUAUGGACGAGAACAUGGAGAACCUGGAGGAUGGGAUCAAAGAGAGGGAGGAGGAGUUAGACAAUGCAUUUGAGAAAGGGAAGAGCUUUGAACAAACAUUCCAGGACAUUAACUCUUGGCUUCCAAAGUUUGAAGAAAACCUUGCAAGAAUGGGACCAGUUGCUGCUGAAAAAAGAUCGAUCAAAAUACAAAUAGAAGAACUUAAAGUUCUAAAACUUCAAGCGCAUGCUAGAGACGCUGAUAUUGAAAAACUAAACACCCAGGCAGCAGAGCUUAAGGCAAUGUCUCCUCUGGCUGCUGAUGGGGUAUUGGACACCGUGAAAGAAAUGAAUGGGAGAUGGGCAAAUUUGGUGAAAGGAAUAGCAGAUAGAGAGACUCGCCUACAGGAGUCGCUAGUAUCGCUUGGAGAACUGGACCAUGCUUUAGACGAUGUGAUUGGUUUCCUCACUCACGCGGAACAGGUGCUUACUCAACAGGACGAUGUCAACGGGGACCACAAACACAUAGAAGCAUCCCUUAGAAAACUACAAUUACUCCAAAGAGAUAUCAACAAACAUGGCGCGAUGGUCACCACCUUAAGUGAAGCAGUGGAGGCAGUGGCAGCCAGGAAUGCUACUGGGGCGCCCGCUCUAAAGGACAAACAAGAAGAAAUGAACGAGUUGUGGAAAGCCGUCAACAUUUAUGCAUUGGAAAAACAAAAUCAACUACAGGACCUGUUGAAAGCUGCAAAGGCUUUUAUUGGGGAAGUGGAGGACGUUCUUCACUGGCUUAGAGAUUAUAAACUGGGACUGAAACGUGUGAAACCGCUGGGCGCACUGCCCGAAACUGCUAAAAAACAGUAUGAUAAAUUCAUGACCGGGUACAACCACCUCCACGGUAAGGAGGACCAAGUUAAGAUGAUCCUUCUCAAUGGAGAAGACAUGAUCUCACGGUGUAAACGUUCAGACGUGAUCAUGCUCAGGGAAAUGCUGGCAAAACUGAGGUUUAGGUGGGACGACACGACCAAGAGAGCCGAAAAGGAAAAGAAGAAAAUUGAGAUCCACAUGCAAGCAGUGAACGAUUUCCACGCCUCUCUGAACACCUUCACGGACUGGCUUGCCAACGCUGAGAAUGUCUAUGCUAGCUUUACUUACCCGAGCAAGAUUGUGGAAAGGGUCACCAAACAGAUUAAGGACCAUAAGGAUGUGUACGAUGACUUGAAGGCUCACGCAGGAAUCAUGCAGAGCACGGACCGCAAUGGGACCUACCUGAAAUAUUUUGGCCGUAAACACGACACGGUUUACCUCAAUAACUUGCUCACCAGCGUUCGGCUGAGGUGGAAAAAGCUCGUGCGGCGGACAGAAGAGAGGGGGCGGUUACUCACACAGGCGUACAAGGAGGAUAAAAGGUUUUACGAUUCAUGGAAGGACCUGUGUGACUGGUUAGACGACACAGAGAAGAAGCUACUCAAUUUCUCAGCUCAGAAAUCUCCAGCAGAAGUGAAGCAAUUUAUGGACGACCUAAAGCCUACUCAUAAACUAAAGAAUGGGAGACCAAUGUGGAAACAGAUUCAGUUGGAACGACUUGUAAGUCCUUAUCAUAGUUGUAACCGGCAGGAAAAAAACAGGCAGAUUGCAGGGAGACUGUCAGGAAAUAAUGAACACAUUUUGAUGAGAUCGAUUUGGAACUCUCUGUGUUAUUACUUCGUUAAUUGGGGAAUGCAAUUUGAACAUCGUAUCAAUCAAAUUAGCCCUAAAAGCAUUUCAAUACUUCAAGCUCCCUGUAUAACCUUUGCGUUUUCCAUUUGCCAUCUACUACACCAUGAUGGAGUGCCUGGACGAAAUCCAGAGGAUGUAACUCAUUUUAUAUUUUUGCAUUAUGAACAUCAGAUUAGUUCCAAGCAUCCACAGUACUACACAACAACAAGGUUGGGCAGAAAUCUAAAGGACAGGUGUACCAGGAAUGAUCAGGACAGGGAAACGCUGCAGGAAAUGUUAGAUGAACUGAAGAACAAGUGGACGAUUGUCAGAUCUCUGGUUUCUCAAAGACAAAGCAAACUAGACGAGGCCCUCCUGAUGUCUGGUAGGUUGUCAGACGCGCUGCAGUCCUUAAUGGAGUGGCUGACACGCGCUGAGACCGCUCUCACAGAGGAUCAGAAUGUAGCCGGAGAUAUAGACACUGUAAACAUUCUUAUUGAACAGCACAAAUCAUUCCAACAAGAACUCGAUGCCAGACAGUCGACAAUAAACACUCUGAAGGAUUCGUCCCACGGGGACCCAGCCCUCACCUCGCAACUAGAGCACCUGGACCGCAAGUGGGAAGAAGUGAACCACCUCAGCAAUAUGAGAGAGUCGAGGCUGCAAGAUGCCCUUAAACUAGCUGAAGAGUUCCAAGAGGUGGUUCAUGUGAUGCGAGAGUGGCUCCCUCAAGCGGAAGCGGAGCUCAAGGUCCGGGCGCUGCCUGAGGACGAAGUAGAAAUCGUAGAAUUGAUAGAAAGACACGAGGCCUUUAUGGAAGAACUCACUGGCAAAAAACAAAUUAUAGAAAGAAUAAAGGAGCUGUCUGAUGAGAUUCUCCAGAACUGUCACCCGAACGCUGUGCGGUUUGUGAGGUAUUACCUGACUAUCACCUCCACGCGAUGGGAACAGGCGCUUACCCGAGCAGAGAAUAGAACUGUUAAGCUACAAGAGGCUCUGAAAAACAUCCGUGGUAAUGCCGCCCUGCUGGAGGAGCUCUUAGCCUGGGUCACGGAGGCUCAGGCCCUGGUCUCCGCCAAAGAGAAGGACCCUAUACCCGAAGACAUGACAGUCGUGGAGGCCCUCCUCAAAGAGCACGUGGAAUUUCAUGAAGACCUAGUGUCAAAGAACACUGAUGUAGAGCGUAUUGCAAAUAUGCCGAUACGUGGCUACAAGCGCAGGGAGAGCAAAGGUGCCAAAACCCCAGAGGCGGAGAUGAUCCAGAAUCCUCGGCUGACCACACUACAGAACAAAUGGCGGGCAGUAUGGAGAAUGUCGGUUGAAAGGAAGAAAAAGUUGCAAGAUCUCUACGAGCAUUUGUUAGAGUUGGAAAGCUUCAAGAACUUUGAUUUUGAUCUGUGGAGGCAACGGUAUAUAAACUGGAUCAAAGCCAAAAAGUUCAGGAUAACAGAUUUCUUCAGACGCCAGGACAAGAAAGGUGAUGGAUUGCUCCCCCGGGCAGACUUUGUAGAUGGCAUGAUGAAUUCAAAAUUCCCCACCACCCGCACAGAACUGAAUGCAGUAUUUGACAUAUUCGACAGAGAUAAUAAAGGGGAGAUAGACUACAGAGAGUUUAUUGAAGCGCUAAAUCCACGAUCAAAACGUGCCAAACGUCCCGCUACAGACGCAGAGCAAAUUCAUGAUGAAAUAGAACGCCAGUGUUCCACCUGCACGUGUAGGACGCAGUUCAAAUCUGAGAAACUGGGAGAAGGAAAAUAUCAGUUAGGGGAGAGUCGCAAGGUUGUAUUGGUCCGCUUCCUGAACCACACGGUCAUGGUGAGAGUUGGCGGCGGUUGGGUAACUCUUGGAAAGUUUCUGGAAACGCACGACCCAUGUAGAGCAAAAGGUAGACUUAAUACCGAACUAAGGGAACAGCUUGUUUCCCCAGAAGGGGCGGCGCAUACACGCGCCACAUUCACAUCUAAGCGACCCGGUCAAUCCAACGGUCAUUUGUUAUCUCCUCCCACUCCAGCCUCUAACCCUAGGAGCGGGACAACAGCCAAAGGCCGCAAUAGUAGCGGUUGUACUUCUAGUAGUAGCAGCAGUAGUAGCAGGAGUAGCGGUAUCCCUGUGCGUUCAGGGCUCCAGCAGCCUAGAAAUCUUGCUUCAACUAGGCACAUAUCUUCAUCUCUCUCUCGUCUAAGCGGGCACCCUGAUCCCUAUGGACAUUCUUCGUCCUUCCAGCUAAAGCCAACGGGUUUUACACAUUCUUCUCUCACCAAUAUACAGGAGGCAGCUGCAGGGAAUUUGAAGAAGAGUAGUUCAAACUCAAGUCUGGCUUCCACUGGUUCUUCCGGAAGUCGCGGAAGUAGAACACCGCGCAUGUCGACCGCAAAAACAACCACGAAGAAAAAAGGGUCCACUCCUGGUAACAAAUAAUACGUUACCUGCGUUUGCCCACAUAUACAAAGGCACUUUAAGAGUGCUGUUUUAGUAUUUUCUUAAAGAAGGCAAUAGCAUAUUAAUAAUGUAAUAUAACCAAGGGAUUUUAAAGAAAUAAUUGUGCAAAGAAGAUCAGAGCAGCUUCGCCCCAAGUCAAGUGCAAAAUGCCCAGCCGAAGCUGAUUCUCACGCAGUGUACCAAAGCUCAAUCAGCUGUGCUUCCCCGCAAAUGCCAGAGGCCGUUUCUUUUAUUGAUGAUAAGAAUUGAAUGAUUUUAAUACCAGUUGAUAUAGGCCUAUUGACUUCGCAGUAGGCGACACUAAAAACGUGAUUGCUUUGCGUUCGUUACGUAUGUCACAAAGAAUUCGAUUUUAACAGCAUAAAAUGUUCCUUGAUUUUGUAAAUAAAGCAUGACAUGUAUGUAAAAAUGUGUAUAGAAGUAAUAUCUGACUCACAGACCAUGGCGCAAAAAGCGCUUAUCUUAAUUCCAACAUUUUUGAUACUGGAAAAGUCACACCAACGUUGUGACCGAUAUUUUAUUGAACGGUUAUAUGGAGAAACCGUUUGAAAUAUAAUGAUUUAAAGUAUAACUUUUAUUAAGUGGUACUAUUUAUUUUAGUAUAUACAUGCAUAUUUUAUAAGGAAAAGGUUAUUAGUUUUGGGCUCAUUUAACUCAUUGUAGAUUCAGAACUUUUACUUCAUUUACUAUCAAUUAAUCAAAGCUUUUAUACAUACCCAGUUGAUCAGGCGCACUACAGUAAGACCACUGGAUAAAACGCUGGCUUGAUUUUAUAAAUGGCUGGAUAGGCCUGUGUUUAUAGUUAAUUAGAAAAUAUAGGGGUAAACCACAAUUAAAAAUCUCAUGUGACAAAAAGGAAAAUGGUUAAGUAGUGAUUCAUUCCUUUUUCAAAGCAUCGCUGUGAUGUUAUUAAGAUCACGAAUCUAUGUCAUGGUCAGUUAGGGCUAUAAAAUGCCUCCUGAGGACAGUCAUAUUGAGUUGAGAAACUUUUUUUGUCAUGUUUUAUUAUUGAAUGUCAAGCAGAUGCCAGAGCUAUUAUAAGGAACAUUGAGAAGAAACGGUUAUUGUUAUUUUUCCUUGAUAUUUGUUAUAACGUUUGAUCUAAUGGCAAGAAAGAAAUAAAGAUACCAUAUAAAUUA